UUGCCCUCGUAAACUGGAACGCACCCGUAAGCUCAGUGAGCCAGACAGGGCGUUGCGGGACAGAUUUGUUAAGCAAAAUAUUCUAACCACUUUCUUAGAAAAAUGGCGUUAUCGGGGUGCUAUGCCCUGUUGAAGUACCUGGUGGUCAUCAUCAAUUUCAUAUUCUUCCUGGCUGGUAUUGGUGUGGUGACUGCUGGAAUAUACUUGCUGACGGAUUCGACAAUGUAUGUGCAAGUGGUGCAGGAUGAUGCUAAUUUCCACACUGGUAUCUACAUCUUGAUAGCAGCUGGUAUACUUAUGUUCAUCAUUGGAUUCCUUGGAUGUUGUGGCGCAUUGCGGGAGUCUCCAUGCAUGCUUGUUACAUUCUUUUCAUUUUUGCUGGUGAUUUUGGUCGUUGAAGUUGCUGCUGGUUGUUGGGUAUAUUUCAACAGAGCUGAGUUGGAGAAAAUGCUCCAGGAACAUGUAAAACGCACAGUUGAAAAGGAUUACAGUACUAACGAGUAUCUCACCAAGACUUUUGACACUAUUCAGAGUAAUCUUGGCUGUUGCGGCGCGAAUGGCCCACGAGAUUGGAGUUCAUCACGGUUUAAUCAGGUUAACAAGAAAAGUGACAAAGGGAUGGACUUGGCCAUUUCUUCGUCUCUACAGACCUAUAAACUGCCUCUCUCGUGCUGUUCCACUCCCAAAAGUCCUCAAAUAUGUGAUGAUGGAUCCCGAAUCGGCCUGUCAGCAAAUAUUCCUGUUGUCAUGUACCAAGAUGGUUGUAUUGAGAAGCUGAAAGAUGUCCUAAAGGAUCAUAUGGUAAUUGGUUGGGCUCUUCUGAUAACCAUUGCUGUCCUGGAACUCUUUGGGCUUAUCUUCUCACUUGUUCUUUGCUGUGCUGUGCGCUCUUCAACAGAUCACUACAAGUCAUAAACAUUUUUGCCUGUAUCCAUAUGGUUUAUUUUGAGAAUUAUUUUAUUUACUGUUUUUUCCUCUUUGAUCUGAUGUUUCUCUGUGCUUUUCAGAGAGUAUUUGUGUCAAAUCUUUUAUAAUUGAUUGUGAAACCAUUAACUUGGCAUUUCAAUUAUUGUCCAGAUAAUUUUUGCUGUGGAAUGGUCCAUCCAAAUUGGUAUGAGAGGAUGUGUGUGGAAUAGUAGUUUUUAUGAGAGGUUUGUUUCUCAAGUAAGGUAUAUGGAAUGGUGGUUACCAAUGUUGAGUUGGGUGAUUCUUGCCCAAUGCUAUGGUUUUGAAGCAUUUUAUUAUUGUAAACCUUUGUAAAGUAAGUCUUAUUUGAGAUACUUUGUUGUUGUUUUUUGUGUGUUUUUCUGCUAAUUUACUACAUACUUUACUGCAGUCUGUAGUGAAAAUAACAAUUUAGGUAAAGUGAGUUGAAGUAACCAGUGGUAUUAUUAAUCAAGGAGCUUUUUGAAGAGUAGUGUUACCUCACUUGUUUAUGUGAAUGAACUAUUAAUGCCUGUAAUUUAUGUAGUUAUUAAGAGCUACAUAAAAAUCCUAACAGUCAAGCAAAGACAUUCUUCAUGCAUUGAGGGAGCUGAUUGUGAUGGGAAUUUAAGGUUUGCAUUAAAGUGCAUGGUAUUUUUGCCAAUUCUGACUAAAAUGUGCCAUUAUAGUUCAUAUUUAUGGAGAAAACUGAUUUCUGUUCACUUAUUAAUAAGAUCUCAAAACUUGAAUAAUAGGUCCGCUUCUAAAAUGUAUGAUGUAUUAAGAGAUCUGUGCAGACCUAAGACAUUCUUCGCUGGCAUAAGAAAUUCAUGUUGUAGACAUUAUUUCAUCCCUAAGACUAGACUUCUCAACAAAAAUUUUGAGGUAUUGAUAGGAUUGUUGUUAUUCUUUCUCCUUCAGUUACGUACAAAUUACCAUUUUUAAUGGCACUAGUCUUCACCUGUACUUUAUGUUAAUUGUACCUUUUCUGCAAUAUAGGAAAUAGCUCUGUGAAUGUUAUGAGUUCGAGGCUGCUGAAAUUAAUACAUUGUUGUGGCAAAUCAGGCUCUUGCAAUUUUACUUUGAAGAGUCAAAUUUUUGCCCUUCAAUGUUUGUGCACAAUUUCUGGUGUUUCCAAAGAAAGCCAUUUUCUUGUACAGUAUUUGACAUGUUUCUAUCUUGUAACCUGUACUCCUCUGUAUAGCAGAAUUUGUUAUCUCUUACAGAGUUUAAGUCAUAGAGUUUAUUAUAUAACUGUUUAGAUGUCAUAACAAUAACUAUUUAUAUUUUUUGUCUUCACUCAUUAUUAUAUUGACUCUCUUCAUUUGGAGACAAGUUCGGUCUCCUAAAAUUUUCUCAAAUUCUGUUGAAAAUACUCUCGAAGCAGUUUUUGCAUCGUUCUUCUCAUCAAAAACAGCUGGAUGCUCAUACAGUUUUCAUUUGACCACUGCAAGACCUGUAGAGAUUUUUACACUCCUACAGCAUCAAUAAUCAGUUUUCUGAUUGUGUCAGUGUUAUGGAUCUGAAGACCCAUAUUCUUACUUCUAGUGUAAUUGUCUUGCCCUGGCCAAAUGAUCAGUGUCUUUUAAAUCUUGUACAAUUGUAUUUGCCAUAGAUAUAGGAAAUAAUUAUAAUAAAUGUUUGUAAAGUUGUAACGAUAGUUGAGACUAGUCUUAAGCACUUAAUCCAAAGCGCUGUACAUUGGAAUAUUAUUUAUUUUUACUUCAUUCUGGGUUUUAUCCAAGAGAAAAUAUAUUUAUAUUGUAAAUUGGAUGUGUAUCCAAGUUACACAUAUUCAGUCUUUACAAUUGUGGCUUGUGAUGUAUUGAAGUGUUUCAUUGGGGGUGAUGUAACUCGUAACUCACAACAGUGAACUCCAAUAAGAAACUUAACUAUACUUGGGAUUUGAGAUUGCUGUUGGUUUCUGCAUGAUGCCUGGAAGUAGGUCAUUGAUUUGAAGAAAGGUAAAUUGUGUUCCAAUUAUUGUAGGCAAAUGUUGUCCCCUACCCACCUAAUUUCCUCUUCACCUUUUCUGUGUGCCAUGUAUUUAACUUAUAUUGUAUGUAUGUAUGUGCCUCUAGUGUUUGCACAACAUGUUGUAGAUUGUGACAUGCAUAAGCAUAUAUUUUCAUAGAGUUUUGCAUAGAGGAUUCUUUAUUUCUUAUUUUAGUCUGUCACUUUUCAAGCACCAUACCAAGAAUUCUUUGUGGAUUACUUUUAACCCUGUUGUGCAUCCCUUGCUUGUCCCACAUAUUUACUACAAUGUUAGAAGUUUUAACGGUUUGUCAUCAUAACAGCUAUUGCACCUGUUAAAGGUUUGCACAAUGUUGGCAUCAGAUGUCAGAUGUUAAGAACUCAUAUGUGUAUUGCUCAUUUAUUAUUCAAAAUUGUGAGUGUUCAAAUCUAACCAAGAGAAAGUACCCAGUGAGAACACAAAGUCAAAAUUGUGUCUUUUAAUCUGACUUCUAAAUCCCUACCGGAAAGAACUAUAUUUUGACUUAAAAGGUCAAAAUGACACCUCUUGCCGUCAUUUUGACUUGGGUUGUUCUUGAGUAGCGAAGUGUAGACAAUGUGAGAAUAGAAACUUCUAAUUUCACCGUAACACCUAUCCAAUUUUGAACUAAAGUUGUACGCGCAAUUCUCAUAUGCAUUUGCUCUAAUCAGAUCUACUCAGUUAGUGGAGUUGUUUAUUUUUUAUUUCCAGUGAGUACCUAUCUUAAAUGAGUUUUGUAUGUGUACAAUCUGAAAGUCAAUCAUGGUAGGGUCCAUUCCAUAUUUUCUGGCAGAGCGGCAAGCAAAAGCUUUUGAGACAAUAUCAUCCAUGAAUGUCCAUUUCAUCAGAAUGUAACUUGAUAGUAGGGAGUGUUCAAAUGCAUUAUAAAGGUUGUCCUGCCGACGUAAAGUGUCCACCCAACCUGCCUUGGGCCUUCUCCAAGACAAUGCUCACCACCUAGGCACGGAGAUAGGGCCACUCUUAACUUUCGGGUACCGUCCCCUCGACCGAGGUGUUUAAAAUGAGCCUAUCUAAGUCGACCAGAAAGCAAAGACUAGCUGCUCUGCCAGAAAAUUGGGGAUGCUAUUUCCUCAACACUUUCAGUGCCAAGGGACUCGACCGCACAUUACUAUUUCUGGGUGUCACUUGGACUUCCCUGGCAUGGAAAGCUUUGAACUACAUGCAAGCUUGAGUGUUGUUAACUUUGAAUAUUUUUCAGUAUUUAGCAUACUUUGGCACAAAAAAAUACAUGAUUGUUGCAUAGAACAUACCUUCAUUUGAAUUUGAUAGAGAGGAAGAUGUCUGAAAAAUGUCCACCAUUGGCAAUUUUUUUUAUCAGCACAAAGUUGGGUAUGGAUUUCUUUCCAAGGAAAGUAAGCAAUUUUUAUUUUUUAAUUUUUUUGAUGCAUUAAUCCAAUGCGCCACUAUUUAACCUAUUAUUUGUAAUCAUUUUUGUACGUUUUCUCAAUUAUUUUUUUUUAAUUUAUAUAUAUAUAUUCCUCUGUGCAGUUUAUUUCUUUAAAUAGGGAGAAUAGAAAGAUAUGAGCUGCUGCCUCAUAAAAGCUGUGUGUUAAUUGUAUCAGGCCAAGAAUAUGCAUUUAUGGGGACAUAAUACGUAUCUGAGCCAGAAACCUUGGGAAUCUGUGUCACUACUCUUCCCAUAUGGACUGUCAGAAAACUGUCUAAGAGGUAGGUAGUUUGAAUGAAUCUGGCAGAAAACCUAAAUCCAGUCAAAACUACAAUUGUAAACGGCCUAAUUUUUGGUGAGGCAAAAAUAAAUCAAACUUCUCAAGUAUUUUCUGUCUUAUGUCUGGUGUUGGAAUGUGAGAAUGCUCAUUGGUACAGACUGUUUGUGUUACAGUAAUAGACUGAGAAGGUUGUUAAACUUAAGUCAUGUCUCUUAAUAUUGCCAUGAUAUUGCUCUUCCAAUAAACUUGCUGCCAAGAACGUGACAAAUCUGUUGUAUUCAAAUGCCAUUCAAACUAUAUGCAUUUAGCUGUGAAGCAGAAAAUGUUAGUACACUUAUUAUUACUACUGUAUUUGUUUGUAAGGUUUGAACUUAAAAAAUUUAUCCCUGUUAUGGAAAUAGCCUUGUUCUACAAGAUAGUGAUGCAAUUCCUGGUUCCUUAUUUAAUUCUUGAUCAUUAAAACAUGGUUUUCUGUUUUUAUUAUAUAUUAAAGACAAAUGUUUGCACUUUAGAAUUGUGGAUAAAUUGAAUCUCAUAAUUUCUAGUUUUGUCUUGAUUCCUAUAUGUACUUAACAUAGCUUGCUGAAAUAAAGUCUGUUUAACACAAAACAA